UUGAUGAAAAAAGAAAUGGAGCUGCUGGCAGAAGAACCCAAGGAAGGAGACAAUGGUGUUUUUGUUAAAGGGGAUGCCAUGUUCUUGAUCGGUGAUGACUUGAGAGUUAUCCGAAGCUCUCCAGGUAACUCUGUUCAACCACUCCUCAAACAUCGAUACAAAGACUUGAGUAAGACGGAUCCAGUGGUUGUAUAUCUAGGCGUGAAUGAGAUAUUUAACAUACUAAAGAAAGCAUUAACCUCCAAAUCUCCUCUAAGUGAUGUAUUCAUUGAAAGCAAAGAAUCUAAGCCAUCCUACACUUUCUCACCAUAUACUGGCUCAAGUCAUUUGAAAGAUUAUCUGGAAAUCAAGGUAAUAGUCAGCAAAUCACAGAACAAGGUUCUGUUUGUCGAAGCAAAUGCAGAUUUUGUCGAUUUUCUUGUCAGCUUCCUCACAACACCUCUUGGGUCUAUUCUUAACCUUAUGAAUGCCAAAUUAUCGUUGGGAAGCAUUGAUAACUUGUACACAAGUGUGAAGAAUCUGAAUCCAUCAUGGUUCAUAGAAUCAUCAAACAAAUCCUUAUUGAAUUUAAGGGCGGCUCCUCAAUUUGGUUGUAAGAGCAAUAACCUAAAUGCUUCUCAAGACACUCCCAAGUAUUGGUAUGGCACUGGAGCAGUGAAAGAUAAUAUGGGGCGUAUAAUGAUUUCAAAGAGAAAGGAUAUGGUACAAGAUCCAAAAGAAGUGAAACUUUUUGAGCCAAGAUGUCGUGAUGGAGCAAGAGAACUUGCUGUGGGAUUUAUGAAGAGGCCGUGUCUAUUUGUUGUGAGGGAUGAUCUGCAAGUCAUACCAAUCACAACUACUUCCAGCAUUUUGUAUCUGCAACAGCUGGAGAAUAUCCAGUUGAAUGAUUUGGAGGAACAUUUGGUGGAAAUCAGGAAGUCACACGAGGCACUGAACCUGUUGGGGGCUUCUUUGACGUGCAAAGAAGGUGCUUUGACGCAGAGCCUAUUCUACCUAUUGAGGAAGUGGAAAUACCAAAGAUGGAUUCCAUUUUGGGGUGUAUUGGGAAGGAAGAAAAAGAGGCAUGGAAACCAAAAAGAAGUGGAAGUGGAAGAGAAAGAGAAAGAGAGUGCGGUAGUAAGUGAUAUGAGAAACAGAGAAAAAGAUAAGAAAGUAAAAAACAAAGAAAAUGGAAAAGAAAAAAAAGGGAACAUGUUAACAACUCCUGAAGAAACCAAAUGAUGAAUUUUAAGGUUACACUUUAUGGGAGAUAACAGAAAAGGGGUCGUGUAGAUGUUUGAAAGUCGAUAGAACGUUGGUCCGUAAUUCUGCAAGUGCUAUUAGGCUCUUAGGAAUUGACUCCCGUCGAAAGGUUGCGGUCUCUUCAUGAUCAUCACGCACUUUCUGAGGUUCAAUUUUUGCUUUAUCACUUGUUGGUAUUUGGCUAUUUGCCGUCUUGGGUGUGGCUUCUAAGUUCCUGUAGCUGAGGAUUAUCUCGACUAGGUUCUUCCAGACUUUGAACGUUCUUCUCAUUCAACAAAAUGAUGCUGUUAAUUUGUGCAGACAAAUUCACUUCUAAUUUAGUGUCGUAUUUGCCUUAUGCUACUUUUGGUAAGACCUAUGCUAGUAGGUUUCAAAACUGUGUUUGUGAUCAUGUUAUUCCUUUAACUGCCCUCCACAUAGGGGAUAACUCAUUCAUGUAUUUGGUAAGUUGAAUCAUUGUGGUGUAUCAUAUCUGGCAAUCAGUUGUUUA